AUGGAUUUCUCAAAAUACGGACACCCAAGCCCUCAGUGGCUCGCGUUUGUUGCGGCAAACCCCAGGGCUGCCGAAGAAGGCUCAAGUGGAAAUGACCUCUCAACUGCGUUGGAGCUUCAGCAAACGGUCAACGCAAUGCGAGAGAAAGCCAGCGCCAAAAUCUUUGCAGAAUCGGGCUUAGAAUCUCGGCUGCACAUCUCAACAACUUUCCUGCCGUCGAGGCAUGGGCAUUCAAUCCCUGUACGGCGAUAUACUCCCAAGCAAGAUGCAGAGGAUGAAGGCACUGGAAAUCAGCGUUCGCUCAUUUACUUCCAUGGCGGCGGAUUCCUUUUUGGCACAGAGACCUCGGAAGAUCCUCUUUGCGCCAAAUUCGCCCUUGAGGCAGGAAUCUCAGUCUAUAGCGUCAAUUACAGCCAUACGCCGCAGCACGUCUUCCCUGUGGCUCACGAUGAUGCCCUGGACGUGUACAACCAUAUCAGCGAGAACUCUGCUUUAUACGGCAUCGCUGCCCCAUCUGGACAGCUGGCAGUCUUGGGUAUCUCGGCCGGGGCCAAUCUCGCCGCGGAAUUUGUCCAGCACGACGUGUCGCGCGCAAAGGCAGACCCAUCUCACAGGCGCCUGGUUUCCGGGGCAGUUCUCUCUAUCCCGUGGCUUAUUCACGGCGAUCAUACCCCGUUGGACCUAAUGGAAUCACCUGAGAAGGCGUCUAGUCGGCAGUGCCGUGAUGCCCCCGUGCUUCCAUGGCCCAGGCUGCAGCUGUUCGUCAAUUUACUGAAGAUGGAGGAUAGUGCAGACCCGAGAAUCAGUGCAGCCCUUCGCCCAGACUCCGAGUUGGAAGGGUGGCCAAAGACAGGGUUCGUCAUAGCCGGAAUGGAUCCGUUGAGAGACGAUGGUUUGAUCUUCGCCAAGCGACUGGAAGUUUUGAAGACUUCUACGAGCGUUCAUAUAUUCACCGGGGUUCCUCAUGGAUUCAGACGUUGGGUAGAUUUGCCAUUUUCGAAGCAGAGCGACGACGUCACUGCUGACCUCAUCCGCUGGGCGCUUGGAUUGGAAACCAAGGGUUCGAUUGAAGGAUGGCACGAGUACGAGUAG